AUGAAGGCCCUCCUGGGAAUCCCGCCUCUUCAGUCCCCUCCUCCCCCUCUCUGCACCCCUCGAAUCCUUGCCGCCACCGCGACAGUUGAACUCACAAGGAAGUCCAUCCGCAUCCUGGGCCGCACUCCGCCGGCCGUGAUUGUGCUGCCCGAGGACGCCAAGAUCAAGAUCACAUCCGCAAAAAUCCUCGGGCUCUCCGCCCCCAAGCUCGCCGGCGGCGCCGAGGCCGCCGCGCGCUGCCCCGGCGCCACUUUCUCGGUGGCUGCCUUAGCUGUGCCCAGCAGCUGCGCCGGCUGCGGCGUGCAGGCGCUCGAGUCAUACUGGCUGUUCACUCCGCCGGAAGAUCUGGGGGCGGUCAAGGAAUUCCAGCUGCCCUUCACAGUGCAGGCCACGUGCGCUGGCGGCUCUGAGCCACUCGGGGACGCUGCUGUGGGAGUGGUCACCCUCUCGCUGUCGCCGCCCGGCUGGGACGGCCCUUGGUGCCCCCAGGAGUGGCCGCAGCUGUCGGGCGUGGGGGUUGCGGUCAGCGUCGCGUUUGCCCCAUCACGGGCGGCCAACUGUGGCGCGGCGCCGUUUGCGGGGGGCGCGGGCAAGGCAGGGCAGGUGUUUGCUGCGCUCGUGACAAAAGUGGUCAAGGCGGGCAGCAAGGCGGCAAGCGGCGAGCUGCCGCAGGCGGUGGCGACGCCGCUCUCCAUAUGCAAGGACGAGGACGAGACCAAUGUGGGAUACGGCAUCACCCAGGCCGUCAUCGACGUGCGGCCCGCGGCCGACGCCGACCUGCCAGCGCUCCGCGCCGCCCUCUCCUCAGCCCUCCAUCAGGCCAACCUCUGCCCCAGCCAGCCCAGCACGCCCUUCCCCGCCGGCGCCCCGGCCGAGGCGUUCCGGCGCUUCUGCGGCGACGCGGCGGGCGGGGAGGGGCGCGUGGCCCAAUUUGCGCUGGUUUGUGUGAAGGACGCGCCCGAGUCGGGCGGGCCGUACGAGAAGGGCCGCGCGGCCACCGGCGUCGCGCUCAACUGA